CAGCCAUAAAUCGCCGGAUGACAUCCCGCGCGAAAAUUGCAAACAGGAAAGCCGUGACGUUAUAAAACAGCGUCCUAAAUUAUUACAAAAACAUCAUGCUACUCGUCAGAAGACCGCUAGUCAGAUGCGUCGUUUGGUUUCGCCACCUGUCCAGUGCUGCUACAGUAGAGGUGGAGAAUGAACCAUGUUUGAACUACCUGAAGGGAAGUGAAGAACGCCAGAAAGUUGAGGAGGCUUUAAAAGAGCUGAGAUCAAAGACAGAAGAGAUCCCGUGUGUGAUAGGUGGAGAGGAGAUCUUCACUGGAGAUAUCCACUAUCAAGUCUGUCCACACAAUCACCAGCACAAACUUGCCAAGUUCCACUAUGCAAGUGCGGACCAUAUCAGGCUAGCCAUUGAUCGAUCUUUGGCCAUCAGAGCAGGCUGGGAGAAAAGACCCAUGGCAGAGAGGGCAGACAUUUUCUUGGAGGCUGCCCGUCUCCUUAGUGAGAAGUACAGGUACAAGAUGCUGGCUGCCACCAUGCUUGGACAGGGUAAGAACAUCCAGCAAGCUGAGAUUGAUGCAGCAGCAGAACUGAUUGAUUUCUGGCGCUGGAACGCGAAACACUCUCUGGACCUACAGAAGCAACAGCCGAUCUCUACUGAGGGUGUCACCAACUCUGUUAUAUACAGGGGACUGGAGGGUUUUGUUGCUGCUGUGUCUCCCUUCAACUUCACAGCCAUAGGAGGAAACCUGUCUGGGGCUCCUGCUAUGAUGGGUAAUGUAGUGCUGUGGAAGCCCAGUGACACGGCCAUGCUGUCCUCCUGGAUUGCCUACAACAUCAUGCGGGAGGCAGGGCUGCCUGAGGGGGUCAUCAACUUCGUGCCUGCAGACGGCCCCACGUUUGGAGACACCAUUACAUCCUCUCCCCACCUAGCAGCCAUCAACUUCACAGGGAGUGUCCAGACAUUCCAACACCUGUGGAGGCAGGUGGGACAAAACCUGGGGCUGUACAGGACCUUCCCGAGGUUGGUGGGAGAGUGUGGAGGGAAGAACUACCACUUUGUGCACAGCUCUGCAGACAUGGAAAGCGUAGCGAACGGCACCAUCAGGUCAGCGUUUGAGUACGGCGGACAGAAGUGUUCAGCCUGCUCGAGGAUGUACGUGCCAACCUCCAUGUGGCCAAAACUUAAAGAUGAACUCCUCAGCAGGGUCAAGGAGGUCAAGAUGGGAGAUGCUGAUGAUUUCACCACAUUCAUUUCUGCAGUCAUCGAUGACAAGUCCUUCGGACGCAUCAAGAACUGGUUGGACCAUGCAAGGUCGUCUCCCAAUCUCAAUGUCAUCGCCGGGGGCAACUGUGAUGACAGCCGAGGGUACUUUGUGGAGCCCACCAUCAUCGAAACCUCUGACCCCAGGGAGAAGAUCAUGCAGGAGGAAAUCUUUGGCCCAGUCCUGACGGUUUACCCCUACCCUGAUGAGAAGUACAGGGAAGUGUUGGAGAUGGUGAAUGAGACGUCUCCGUUUGGUCUGACAGGAGCUGUCUUUGCCAAGGAUGUAAAUGUUGUGAAGGAGGCCCACGAGAUCUUAAAGAUGUCUGCUGGGAAUUUCUACAUCAAUGACAAGUCCACAGGCUCAGUGGUCAUGCAGCAGCCUUUUGGUGGAGCCAGGCUAUCGGGCACAAAUGACAAGGCAGGCGGCCCCCACUAUGUGUUGAAGUUCUGUUCCCCACAGUCCAUUAAGGAAUCCCACGUGCCCCUCGCAGACUGGAAAUACGGCAACAUGCAGGCCUGAGCCAUGUAGCAAACUGUGUGACGUCGCAUACA